GUCUAUUCCGAAUAGAUCCGACCCAUAUCCCUCCUCCUGGUUUUUCCUGCUCCUCGCCUCUCUCUCUCUCUCUCUCUCUCUCUCCAUAGAUUGAAGCGAUUGUUAUACAUAGAGGGAGGGCGUUAAUACGAAUUGCGGAAUGCCCUUUUCUGAUACUAGCCGCGCAAUCUGGAAUGACAUCGAACGUUCCGAGAGCUACCUUGUUUCCUGCAUGUAUGAGGAAGCGGCAUCAUUGGCCUCUUCUGCUCUGAGGGAUAUAAGGCCACGGCACAAUAGCUUUGUUGAAGCUGGAGAAGAAGCUCAAUUUAAUGACAUUCUGGAAUCAUCCGGUAUGGUGCUAGUUCAGUCCCUGAAGGAACUUGGGAGGACUCAGGCUAUAUUAAAUGAGCUAUCUAUGUUGUUUGGUUCAGUCACUAGCAUCCCUAUUGAAGUUCUUCUAACUGGGUACUGUUAUCUCUAUUACAUGGUAUGCUUUCAGAUAAAGGACGGUCCUUGUUUGGGUACUCGAGAAUUUCUUGAGGAAUUUCUAAGCAAAUGGAGAUUUAUGGAUGGGCGAUUCUAUGUUCUUUCUGGUGCAGAAUCAGAUGUGCAUUAUACGGAAGGUUCUGGUGGUCAUUUUGUGCUUGCAGUUGAUAAAUACUUGGAAGUUGCUGAGAUCUAUGCUGUAUCACUACUUGGGAUGGUUUCUGGAGAACUAAGCCAUGCUAUCUCUUGGGUUGAGAAAGCUGAAUUACCUGAGGAAAAGCAACAGGAUCUUUUGAGGAAAUUACACUCCCUUUAUUCUUCUAAGGCCCUUGAGUCAUCAGAAAUUGUUGUACCUUUGCCAGCAAAUGAAGAUGAGACUCGUUCUUCCUCUCUAAAAGAAAAGAAUGUUUCUGAGGGAUCACCAGAAAUCUCAAAAUCUUCGUACAAGUUCAAGGGCAAGAAUGAAAUGAAACAAACCGUUCUAAAAUUAUCACAACAAAAAUUUCCAUGCCUUUGGUGGUUCCGUACCUUCACUUUGAAGUAUGGCAAUCAUCAACUAGUCAUAUCAAAUGGAAAAAUUGUGCUGAGCUGCUUGAUAAUUCUCUUAUAUUAUGUUUUCCAAAGGAAGCAAGCCAUGUUGAAGAGGAUACUCAGAAGACGAGCUUUGUCCAUGAAGAAGGCUUUGGUGGACUUUUGGCAGCUUGCAUUUUCUUACCAGGUGAACCCUCUUGCUGCUGUUCAACCUGUCCCUUCUGCAAACCGUCUGAGACAAUAACGGUGUCUUGCCGUUGCCUAAUUCUUCUUAAGACUACGUCAAUCAGUGCAUAUAAGAAGAGAGAGCUUAUACCCACAUUAUGCUGUUUGGCAGUUAUGGUGGGCUCUCAAUGUCGAUAAUCUCUGUUUGGAGUUUGCCUUGCUAUUUUGUUCUUGGUUUCAUUGUAUAAUAACACCGACUGGUUUCUUAGUCCUAAAAGAAGUGUAGUGUAGUUAUCAAUCGCAUUCUUGCUUCAUUCUAUAAGAGUUCAUUGAUGACAAUGAUGAGUGUCCAGUGAGCGCGAUCCUUGUUGUAACUUGUUCGUUUCUCAUUUGAAAGUUCCAUUCCUGUUUCUGGCAAAGCAAAUAGCCUUCAGGACUUGCAGA